CUUACCGAAGUAACUGCCCUUUGUGGCUUUUUUACUGGAUCAGUUAAGUUCGUCUCCAUUCUCCACACAAACUAAGCCUUUGGUAUGACAAAAUUUGAAGAUAUCAAGAUAUCAUGCCAACUACAUUCUUAGCAUGCUCACUUGUGAGUAUACAAACCAGUAAUCUACAUUCCCUUGCAGUUUACCUGCAAUUUACAAUCAUACAAUACGCAUUUCAAAAUUUACAUCCCCAUGUAUACUUUCUUCUUUGCAACUACAUGUCCCAGAAUGCAAUGCGCGCAAUGGACCGAAUGACGUCAUUAUGAAAACGGCUGACUACAACUUUACAGCUAGGCAUGGCUGCGUCUUAAAUCCGAAUGGUUUUGGUUGCCACGCCACGAGUUUAAAGGUAUGUUUGUGCUGAUUUGGUGUACAUUUCUCAUAAAUUUUUCUUUGAAUUCAAUUGGUAAUUAGCAGAAAAUUUACGUAAAAGUUCCCAUAACUGUGAAGGAGCAUUUCAUUAAAUGCUGAAUGACAAUUUUCUUUUUUACAUACGAAUAGGCACACGUUUGUAUCCAUUCUUCCAUUGUGUCAACGCAAAAAAAGUUGGAGAACGAAGAAAUGGAGACUUGAGGAAACAGGAACGCUCAAAAUGUUUGGGAAAAAUGGUUGAAAAAGCAUCUGUUCUCUCGUUAAUAUGAAAUAAAUUUGAUAAACACUUUUAAUUUUGGAAACGAUUCAGCGUGGGGCCUUAGAUACCUAUUCCCUAAAUAACUUCUAAGUUAAAAAUGAAAGAAUGCCCUUUGGUUGAUACAUGUGUUUUAAUACAUGUGCACAAACUGUAUUUUGAAACUUUGUUUUCAAUUUCCUUCCUGGCAGUGUUGUAUCGUUGAAAGAUCAAUACUUCUAAUGUCCAUCCUGCACCAUACUUGUCUUUUGGGUGGAGUUUCAGGAUAUGAUAGAAAUUUUGCCCCCGAAUUUUCGUCUGCUCAAAGAGACGCAGUUAAUACAAAGUUAAAUUGAGCCUGGAGAGAGAUUAAAUUUUUGAUGUCGAAAUUGGUAACCUGAUGUUGAAGAACUUUUCUUUAUUUUCCUGAAGGUUUCCUGGCCUAAUGGAGGUUUUCUGUGGAAAUUUGCUCAAGUAUUUAGGAGGAUUCAAAGAGUAGGUAUUAGCAUACGAACCACAGUAAAGAAACACCUAUUUACAGUAAACAUGACGUGGAAAUAGUAGAGAAGACCCUCAAUUUAUCAGAGUUAAUGGAUCUCUCACUGCAGAUCAGGGGAAAAAGAAGAUGAUGAAAUUGUCCGUAAGUACAAAAUAUACUGAAGAUUUUUGGAUGUUUUCAAGCGAAUAUAUUGCAGCGAGACAUGAUCGCAAAAGGUUGUAACGAAUUUUGUGGAGAAUCGUACAGUAACAAAGUCUGCAAAUGAAAGAACACCCUGGAAAAAAUUAAGCUGAAGCAGUUUGGGUAAGGAAUUCAGAAUAUAACCUCGUUACAGGAAAAGGUGAUUAUCGGGAAUAUUCCUUGGAAAAAGCGAUUAUCUCUAUCCUUUAUUGAUACUGGAGGCGAUUCAUCGGGGCCGAGUGAGAUCCUGUUCCCAGUCUGCCAGAUCUCACCUCUUGAGAAUGAUCUCCAAGAGUAGAUGAAAUUCUUUGAGUAGAUGAAAAGAUGUGUUGCUGUCUAUAUGAAGAGCUGAGAUGUGGGAUAAAAAGGAAGCCAUAAGUUGAAAGUUGGGAUAAUCUAGCCCGUGCUCCAGCCUCCUCCUAACUCGUUACUCGCAAACAAACACGAUGGGGUUACUUGCUAAGCACGUUCAAGCUAGGGGUCUGAAACAGAGGCAAGCAGAAUCUUACUCCUACAAACAGGCCCCAAAAUGCGGCUUCUUCUUUGGCGGUCAGUGAUUGCUGCAGAUGAUACUGUGAGGUUUGUCCUGACAGUUUGAGGUUCGGAAAAUACAGGUGCCUCCUUUGAUAAUAAUUGUUUUUAGUGUCUUUAUUAUGAAUAGUAAACCACAUUCAGAUUAAUGGCCUGAUAUCAAUUGUGACUUAACUUUAUAAGUUACCGCAAAUUCGUGUGUCGAGAAAGUCACUUCUCUCAUUCUUUAUCGAAUGCUUGUGACAAUCUGUUAUAGUCACUAAAAUUUUAAUGGUGAAAAUGUUCCACUUGUUUUUUUCUUGUUAUAUUUAUGAUUCUUUUCUAUGUGAUAAAUCUCAAGUUUCAAAUUAACUGGCUUAAAUAGCGAUCUUAGUUUUUCUAAGAGCUACUUUUAGCCUGUACGUUACCUGCCUGUACGCUACUCUUAGCCUGUACGAUGCCGAUACCUGUAUUUAUUUAUUGAUCAAUUAAAAACCACUGAUUAUCUGAAGCUAUCACCAGCUCAAUCAAAAGAGUUAUUUUAUAUCCAACGAUUGUAAACAUUCAGUGUGCAUGUAGUCAUUUUGUGCAUGAAGUCAUUUUUACCAAGCAGUAGGAAGCGUCUGCACUGGCCGCUAAAAAUGCAGAACCCUUUACUUCAAAAGUUGCUCUUUUCUAAAGAAGGAUUAUAUAUUUUAGGCCAAUGCUCCUUCAAAAGCUUUUUUGAAUCAUAGUGAUUUUUGUGUGUAAAUUGAUCGCAAAAAAAGACUGGGUCGAGCUUCUCCAGCCUAACGUUGAUUCCAUAUCGCAGCGUCCACGUAAGGGCCUCGCCAUGUUGCUUGAGACUGGAGAGCAUACAUGUUGGUUUUAGUUUAACUUCUUUUUCAUAGAAAAGUCAAAAUUACCAUUAAAGCAAGAACUUCCAGUAAAAGGUAUGAAAAUGCUUAUCUCAUUGGCGGUUUUGUUUGUGAUCUUGCUGCCUUUCAAGACAUUUGCUUAUAUCGAUCAGAGCUGCUUGCUGUUUAGUCAGAGUGGAUCAUGUUGUUCUCGGCCCUCAGUCCACGACUACCAGCCAUGUCAUGAGAGAUAUGACAAGUUUCUCUGUGAUCCAUGGGUUGAGUCUGCAUCUAAUGUUAGAUGUGCAAGCAUCGGAAAAUUUCCUGGUGUUUCAUUGGGUAAUCCACUCGGCAUGGUCAAUGGCCUAAUAUUUGGGGACCAGCUUGUUGUUCCGGAUAAUCAAAUAUCUGCCAAUCAAGCUCGGUAUGUCUUUUUGGACUCCGGUGGAUGGAAGGCAUCAAAAACUUACUGGGAUUCUCAUAGAUCUUACUUGACAUUAAUUCCGGCAGACCAAGCCUAUCUUCAAAAGAACGUCAUCGGAUUGCUUCCUAUAUUCCUGGAAAUAGAUUUCUUGGAAAUGAAGAGGAUUUUCUACUUUAUUAUUGGAAACAACAUCAGGAUAAGUGGUAUUUCCCCCCCAGACCGAAGGUUUGCCAUAAGUUACCGUGAUGUCAAUGGGAAAAGGAUCAUUUACGGAAAGGACCCUGCCUACGCUGCGACGACCUAUUGUAGGAAAAUAAUACUUGGGUUUAAAAAGGCUUGCAGAAUAAAGGUCGAUCCUUUCAGAGCGAGAUCUGUUCGAGUCACUUCCAAUACCUAUGAUAACUUUGCAAGAGAGGCAAUUUACCUUGAAGUCGGAGGUUUUCAUUAUCUACAAGCCGACCAUCAUUGGUCUUUGAACACGAUAAAGAACGGCACCACUACUUUUUUCCCUGACAUCGUUGGAGGUCUUCAUCUUCUGACAUCAAAGAUGAUUAAUACAAACAGCUACACUGCCCACGAUGCAGGGAAGCUUGAAUUUGUCAAUGACUCAGUCAGCGCGGAUCUGUCAUCGUACGACUCAAGCUGUCUUGCGAAUCCCACGAACUGCGCGGACGGUUUUUCAGUCGCAUUUUGGUUUAACGUGAAAUCUAACAGCGGGGAAUUUGCAGUAAUGACAGUUGGAAAUGAAAACGCCGGUCAAAGCUUUGUUGGCUUCAAAAUCAUCUUUACAACUGCGAAAAAGUUAAAUAUCGAUGUUAUAACUGAAACUGUUCAUUAUAAUGGUACCUAUGACAUCGCCCAAAACGGCUGGUUACAUUUUGCUGUCACAUGGUCCAAAUCGUCUGGUAUACGCCUGUAUGAAGAUGGGGUUCUUGUAGUCAAUGGCAGCUUUGUCGAAGCUGUUGCUUUUCUCAAUAGUGCCAGUAAGAUCCAUAUUGGAGCGAACACAGCAAAUCGUGGAACUCAGCUGCACGAUUUGAAGUUGUGGAGCUUUUGGCUGUCUGCAAACGAUGUCAUGAAUAUCUUCAGUCCAGGGAAAGGAGACUACAGCCAGAAGGCUGAGGAUAUGACAAAAUUCAGGCCAGGAACCUGUUUGGGAGCAAUGGCAGCUUAUGGGAGAAAAGUUUCUGUCUAUGAGCUUUAUCACGUCGAGGGCUCCUUCCCUUUAAAGUGCAUUCCAGUUGAAAAUGGCGUAAAGUAUUACAUCUUCCCGGAUUUACCUGUUUACAAUGUGACUGGGCCAUGGAAGAGCAACUUUGAAGCGACGAUCAAGUAUGAACAAAACUCAAAGACUAUCAUCAGACAUCUGAUAAACUCAGCCUCGUCCUGUGAACAGAAGGUCUCGUUUACGUGCAUGAUGACUGGCAUAUCUGAUUCAGAUCUGUAUGGCUGGAAUAAUGAGUUGCUUGUUGGAAGUUGCGUUGGCGGUACAUGCAACUGUGUGGCCUCAGCUUCUGUUGUACAAAAAGACAUCAAACAAUAUAAUGUCACAAAAAAAUUGCCACUUACGAAAAUAAUCAGAAAAAGUAUUAGCUUGUCCAAUCACUACCAGAUGUUUGAUAUUGGCCCAGUAGAGUGCUUUCAAGAUAUGAGGGUUUAUAGCUCAUGCAAACAUGCUUUGGAAGUAAAUUCAUUUGCAGCAGGAAAGUACACCAUUUCGACGUCAGUGAAAAACAUUUUUGUUCACUGUUCAAAGAAUGAUAGCAACUUUGUGACGCGCAUAGAUCACGAACUUAGCGGACUGUCUAUUCGUGUUCAUGGUUAUGAGGAACACGGAAGCUAUGUCAGGCUUAUUCGGUACCUCGAGGACUUUGAAAGUAUACUGGCUGUAAUAAACGUAGCAGAUUCGUGCAAACAAGAGGUAACUGCUGAAUGCUACAACUCCCUUCUACCGGACUAUUCAUGGUUUGAUGAUCGUGAUGGAAAUAAGAUCAACUAUCAAUGUAAAUGUGGGACUGAAAAUAACUGCCCUACAACGGGACCCACAAGGUCGUGUAAUUGCCAAAACAAUGAUAAUGUAAUAAGAAAUGACAUUAUCGUUUACUCACAAAAGUCUCAACUUCCUCUAACCACUCUGAGAGCUGGCGAUACAGGCAAUCCACCGGAGUACAUCACAUUUGAAGUUGGCAGCUUGGAGUGCAUCAGUGCUGUAGCCGCUGGUGUAAAUAGUUGCCAUAGGGAAACGUCUGGAAAGUCGUGCUACGAAAGUAAAAUUUCAAACUUUGGUAACUGCGAAAAUGAGAUGGAUUUCAAUGGCUGCUGCGAAUUUCCAUUCACAUACAGGAACCGAACAUAUAACAAUUGCACUACAACAGACUCAGUAGUUCCCUGGUGCUCAUUAACUCCAGAAUAUAGUGGACAAUGGAGAUAUUGCAUCUCAAGCCAGCCUAAAGCUGACAUCGACUUUAGUUUGGGUGCAAAGGAAACAACUGGAGACUGGAAAAUUGGAUACACUUGCAGCGAAGAUGACAACAGUGGCCCUUGCUAUGAUAUGACUUUUUCAUCAACUCCAAGUGAAAAAUCUCAAGAAAAGCCUGCUGUUCAUCGUCUCUCCUAUAAGAGUGUUUCAUCUCUUGACAAAAUUAACGGCUUUUGCACGCAAAAGUUCAUUGGGUCGGUCAACUACACUACAACCGCAAUAUCUUAUUCAGCGACUGAUUUGACGAGGCCAGAGUUCUUGGACAGCGUCUCUUUCUGCUUAUCAUCUAAUGCUGAUAGCCCGGUUGAAGCAAUCGUUCACAUUUAUGCUGCUGUAUCGCUUGAUGAAGCUGAUAGUGUCUAUAUUUCCAAGUGCAAAUAUCAGUUUUUCCGGUCAGCGAUGUAUUUUGGACCGGUUAUUUGGAAAUACGGACCGGUUUCAGAUGGAAAAUAUAUCGGCGGACCAGAUUUGAAAAAGAUUGUCUUGCCAAUCUUAUCAUCUAGCGAUCCAAAUGUCAGCCAGAAGCGGAUUUAUUUGCUGUUGGAAUGGCAAGAGUUUUUGAUAGGAAAUGGUAUUACGGACAGUUUGCACAAUCCUUGUAAGGAGCUGUAUCUACGCCAUAAAGUUCGUGGACCAGGAAAUUAUCUACAAGCUGACAAGAGCGAUACAAAGAGACAAGGUGAAGCCUUGGUGUAUGAUGCAAAGUUUUUUUCACCUUCUAAGAAAUGUAUACGAUUCUGGUACUUUAUGAGCGCUGUUGGCAAUAGUAUGUUAAUGGUGAAUUUGUAUCAAGAGUAUCACACGGCAAAAGAAAUCAUAAGAAUCGUUGGUGAUCAAGGAACCAAAUGGAAGAAGGCAACCAUUCCCAUCGAGGCUCUGGUAGAUUCUCAAGGAAAUCUUGCGAAGGUAUCCUUUGUGGCAAUGUACGGCUCGAAUAGUUCUCGAAGUAUUGCCAUAGAUGAUAUCAGUAUUCUUAGUGAGUCCUGCAUCCUACAACCAAACCAAUUGCAUGAAUAUGGAGUUCUAGGCCAUCUGCCAAAAGCUGCGAUAUUCAUUCCUCUGGACCAUUCAUUGUAUGACAACAACUCUGCCUCUGUGAUGUUUUCGCCAUCCUCUCCUCCUGGGCCAAAAACUGCGGAUAACUUUGGCUACCCACAUCAACAUGCAUACUUUAAUGGCGUACAGAACCGUUUACAUGUAACAUACCAGGAUCAAAUAGAACUUUCAAAUGAUUUUACAAUCUGUCUUAAUACAAAACCAGCUUCAUUGUCAAGUACACUGAAUCUGCUCCAAACUUCUGAUGGUAGCCUCGUGCUACGAAUGAUUGAAGGAGGAACUCUGACAUUGUGGUUCAAUACCAAGGAAGGACAAUUUAAUGAAAAUUUUAAACCAAUCUUGACUGAAGAUGCAUGGAACUUUAUUUGCGUCGUGUUCCAGCAACACCGCGGAGCAUUCAAUUUCUUUGUGAAUGGGCAGCUGAUGCAAACGGUCCACACUGGCUUUGUUGAGCCAAGCAUUGUUGUAAAGACACUCAAGAUUGGUCAUCUUAUUUUGAAUAAAGGAAGAAAUUUUAUAACGUGCGUACAGAUAUAUUCUAGCGCAAUAGAUGAUGCUGUCAUACCAGCUCUUGAGCUUUGCCCAAACCGUCACAUGGUCAGUGCCUGCAAGAUGAAAUGCAGCCGUGAAUCUGUUUGUGAUCAGCUUUCUCAAAGGUGUCUUUGUCCAUCUUAUGCCAAUAGAUUCGUAAAAGAAGAUUGCUCUAAUGCACUAGAGUCCACGGUGUAUAGUGGUUAUGCUGAUUACAUGGGAUUUGAUGAUCGAAAAAUGCUACCUGGCAAAACGUUUCAGAGCAUUGCGGAAGCUGAGAAUAGAACGAAGACGAACAUAUCAUUCUUUCAAGACACGACCUUUGUCUUCGUGCCUGGUCCAGUUAGCUCUGCACUUUGUGCCUUUAAACCAGCAGCAAUAAGCAUACCAUUACAGUCGAGUUCUUGUUUCUCAACUGGAACAUGCGUCAACGGUAUGACGCUAGUGGUUUGGCUGUACAUCCCAGCUGUGCUUGACUGGAACGCGGUUGGUAACGUAACGCUUUUCACUUACGGUAGACUCAAGGUUAUCUACGGCGUUGUUAAUGACAUGCGCAAUGGAACUACCAAGCCAAUCCCAUCGCUGAUGUUCGCCUAUACACAAAAUGGCGAAACCUGGCUUUGGGUAUCGAUGAUAUACGGCAGCUCGAUAACCGAAGCUUGGUCUCAUCUUGCCAUCACCGUGGACUCCUCGCACGACGUUCAGGUUUAUUACAACGGUAAACCAAGUUUUGUGAAAAAAUCAGCUAAAGUGGAACCAGCUGAGACAGAGACAGCUAAUAUUGUCACUGGGGAUCUAGAAUACACGUGCUUUGAUGAAUUCGUUGCUUGGGACAAUUUUCAGUUAAAAAACCAAAUAGAGAGAAUAUACAAUCUCUCGGUUUUUGGAGGACAACAAGCUACUGAAAGCCGGAUUCUCUUCAGAAAAUUGGCCCUCAAGGAACCCGGUGAUUUGUGGGCAGUUGAUCGAUCUGAUGUUGCUUAUAAAUAUCAUGAUGGAUCUUGGAUACCGUUGCCAAGCGAGCCGAUUCAGGUUAUUCAUUCAGGGAUGUUGGGUGUUAUUGCAGUACACAAGAACAAUAGUUUAUACAGAAGAGCGGGUAUCACACCAGAAAAUCCUGUUGGAUCAUCAUGGGAACCCCUCUUGACAAAUACUAAUUUUAUGGGACGUGUAACCGACCUUUCAUCGUCGCCUAAGGGUAAUAUUCUUGCAAAAAGCCUUUAUCAAUGGCACUGCAUUUCUGCAUCGUCUGGAGGUCCGUUUAAAAAUAUGAACACCCUAAUUGGUGGCAGUGAGUUUUCUCAAAUCGCUUGCAAUGGUUUUGAAUGUUGGGGCGUAGACACGUCUAAUUUGCCCCAAAAAUUCUUUGAAAUCAGUGAUUGCAGCUUUAUUCCAAAUGACACGCCACUUGGUUCCAAAAAGAUUUCACACAUUACUGUAAGUUAUUUUCCUCCGAUAUUUGCGAUCGAGAAAGAGGACAAGAAACUCUUAACUCGUAUUGAUGGAUGGAGAGCUUCACGGGAAGGGAUAGACAAUAAUAUGCCCUUUCUUGACGUGGUUGGGUUGUAUGGAAUGGCAGUUGGAGUUAAAAUCAAUGGGGACAUCGAAUUUCAACUUCCUGAUGAUGCUGAUGAUCAGCCUCUUUUGAUAACACAGCAUAAGGACGGAAGCAGUGCUGACUGCAUUCAUUUAUCGGCAACGGAAUUCAUAAUUGGGUGGUUUACUGGAUGCAAGAAUCUUCUUUUCCGUUCGAAAGAAGGCUGCCUUGUUAGGCUAGCAUCCAAUAAGUUUUUGCAAAUCGACGGAGGAACUACAACAUCAUCUGAUACAUGCAGAAAUGAAGAUAAGGUUCGAUUUGACAAGAGUGGAAUGAUAUCGACAUCCAAAUCGAGUACUUCUUGUUUGCAAAAAUCUUCCAACAAACUUAUACAGAAGUCAUCAGAGAGUAGCCCUUGUUUAGAUUUCACUUAUAACACAAUGAACCCUAUCAAGAACAUCCCUGGAAAUCUUCUAAAAUGGAAUGCAACUAGUGCAGAUUCUAUGGACGUUAAUGUAGACAUUGCUGCAGUAUUUCAUCUGCACUACCCAAGGUGGACCGCUAAAACAGAUCAUCUAGGCAGCAAAGAGUUUGCUUUUUUUUGUCAAAGACUUCGUUUUGAGAUGGCACAGCGAUUUUCUGGAAAUAUUAAUUAUCGGAAGUUCAAGUGCAAUACCAUAAAAAAAGACGAAUGCGACCUUGAGCGGUUAAAAAAAUGCCAUUUUAAAGUCGGUGCUCGCCUGUUCUUUGCUCACGUCGAUGAAGGAGUUCGGAGAAUAUUUUCUUCUAAAAUUUUUAAUGGUGAGGUGACAGACUGUGGCGGGAUUUCCUGCUCAUUAUCAAUGUCACUGACUGCAGUUGGAGUGAUAUUCACACCUCAAAAAGCUGAUGUUCUCAACGUCACUUCGAGGACAGCCUCUGUUAGAAGUUACCCUACAAUCAAAGCAACAAAUGCUGCUCCAGCUGGUUACAACGUUACAGUCGUCGGAGUAUCAAAGAUCACUGAAAAUUUGCGAAUUUUUCACAAGAUUGAGCAGUUUCGAGAGGGAAAUCAAUUUGUUAUAAGAAACCUUCCACCAAAUUUUAAUUUUACCUGCAAGAUACAACCACUGUUUCUUCAGGGAGUUGGAAAUGCUUUCGAAGUUAAAUUUGAGACUGAUGAGGAUGUACCACAAGAAGCACCAUUGAUUGCAGUGGAGGCAAGUGGAAGACACACGAUCGACUUCAAUAUAAGUAUAAUAAACCCAAUCAAUUGGAAUGGCUUCCUGGUAGGGUAUCGAGUCUAUUACCAGUCAAUGCUGGAAAUUAAUUCACAUCUGGAUUUAAAGAACCUGACAAGUGUUGAGUCGACUCAUCCGAUGCAUGUCAAUUUUAGAACUAACAGCACAGAUUUUAGCCAAGCUUUGAGUUUAACUGGGCUGGAAGUUUUUACAAACUACUCACUUAUAGUUGGUGCUUAUAACAGCAAAGGGGUUGGGUCUUUGAGGCAGAUAUUCUGGAGAACUAAUCAAGGAGAGCCAGAGGUAUUUACACCAAAUUACAAUUUAAGCGUUGUUAACAGCUCAUAUCUCUUGGCAUCGUGGUCACCAUUUACAACAGACAUUGAACUUCUGAACGGCUGGUAUUUAUCGAACUACACUCUGAAAUACAUGGAGUAUAGCACUCCUGCUAUCUUCAUGCCUUUUACAGUGACUAAAGUCAUUGUUAUGCCAAAUGAAACCAGUCUUCUCAUAGGCCCUUUAGAAGCUGGCAGAGAUUACAACAUCUCGAUUGCUGGAAACGUUGAAUUGCGAGCAGGUGUUUAUUUGAGCUUGUGUAUAAGAACUGAUCAAGAUGUCCCGAGUGCGUCUCCAGGCUUUGCUAAUGUCACAGGCAUCGGUUCUUCGUUGUUAAACUACACCACUGGGUGCAUAGAUCUUAACAGCGAAAACGGAGAGAUACUAUAUUACAACGUAUCAGCCAUGAUCGUAAAUACUGGCGAAACAGCGUAUUACAGAGCUGAUAUCUUAACAGAGCGUUGCGUUGCAAUCAAUUGCUUUUCCUUUGGUUUGUCUGAAUGCCACAAUCGUAGCGUGGAUAGCAGUACACGACAAACACACCUCAUGGCCCGUAGCUGUAGUGGUAAUAUGACAAAUAUUGGCAGAACAUCAGAUGUAAUUAACUACGCUAUUGAAGGUCUGCGAUAUUGGACUAACUACAGUAUUAGGUCAUCAGCCUGCACGAUAAAGGGUUGUGGACCGUUUAACGAGCCAAUAUAUGUCAAGACAGAUGAACACGUGCCUACCUGCCCGCCUAAUAUCACAGGAUUCCAAAAUAUGUCAUCGACAUCAAUGCUGGCUACAUGGAAUGAACUUGAGCUUCACUGUGCACAUGGAGUACUAUUCCCAUAUAAUAUUUUCAUUUCACUAGAAGACGAGCUCACAAACAAUGAGUGUUUCAACCAUUCGUCAUGUUGGCCUUUGUUCGAUCCUGCAUCAAAUGAAACCAAAUAUUUAAAAAAUUCUACCAACACAUCUGCUUCGUUAUUUGGGCUGAAGAAGUAUCGAAAGUACUGCAUCUUCUUGCAAGCUGUAAAUGUCAAGGGUCGUGGACCCACUUCGAACAAAACGUGCAGCUUCACAGCAGAGGAUGAACCCGAUGGCCCCCCUGCCGUAUUCAACGUAUCAGUUAAAUCCAGCCAAAGUGUUGAAGUACAUCUGGAGGUGCCAUCCGCUGAUGUUGUCAAUGGCAUCAUCAGGGGCUACCAGGUGAUUUACCAAGAAACCAAUGAACAUGGUGAGAUGAUAGGUGAAAACAUGACUGCAGAUUUCAAAAGAAUAGAUGAAGUCAUUACUAUAGGUAAAAUCAAAGGCCUUAAAGAAUUCACUUGGUACAGUUUCCAAGCUAUAGCUUACACAUCCAUUGGAUAUGGGCCUAAUUCAUCUCGCGUGACAUCUCGAACUUUCGAAGAUGCUCCCACUGCACCACCAAGAAACUUGACUAUCAAAAAUAUAUUAUCAAAUGGCUUUGUUCCAUUCUGGGAGCAGACUGAAAAGUCACAUCUGAAUGGAAUUUUCCUCAGCUUUAAUGUCACAGUAACGGAAAAUCGCCGCGAUGGUAUUGUGAAUACAUACACAUUUCACGCAGACGCUGGACAACACAAAGACAACAGUAUUCAUACAAAUACAACACAGUCGAGAAGAAGGCGUAAUGUCGGAAUGCCUCCGGGUGUUGCCAUCACAACUCCCUCAACCGGGCCAAGAGGAUUGAUUAACAAUGUAACUAACAAUGCAAUUAACCUAGUCAACAAAACUCUUAAUGAUCUUCUUAAUGGUUUGCUGAACUCUUCUACGACAUCACAACAGCAGCUUCAAAACAGUAUUGGCAGCGAUCGAGCAAAUGCCAGCAUGAAUAUAACAUUGUUGCAUGCAUUUCAGCGCAAUUAUGUGAAUUUUUCAAUGAAGUCAGACAGUUUUGCUCUCAUAUUGACUGGUCUUCUGCCUUACACGUUUUAUAACAUUAGCGUUAGGACUUGUACUGUGAUUGGCUGUGGACCAGAUGCAAAGACAAGAGCUAGAACAGCUGAAAGCCGACCAACGUCUCCACCUGUGAUAAAUACUUAUGCUCAAAAUACUCACAACUCUUUGAAUUUUACUUGGAAAGAGCUUCCAAUAAUGGAGAGACAAGGCAUUAUAACUGGUUACAAGAUCAAAUGGAUGAAGAACUGCGAAUACCAACGACUCAUGAACUAUCCUGAAGAUGGUGACUGUGUGCGAGUGCCGCCUGAGAAUACGACAAUUUUCUCAAUUGAUGAAAUCAGCAGUGAUAUGCUUUACUAUAAAAUCAAUGGUCUUACUCCAUUUACGUGGUAUCGUUGUGAAGUAUGUGCUAAAACAUCAGUUGGUUACGGUCCUUGCGGAAACGCAACAUUCCAGACGGAUGAAUCAGUUCCUCUUGAGGCACCAAAUGUUACCAGAUCAUUUGCAGUGACUGGGAAAAGUUUCCAGACAGAAUGGCAGGACAUUCCACCACCGUAUAGAAAUGGCAUCAUCCAGGGUUACAUAAUAUACUUCCAACUAAGCUCAUUGCUUGAAGAGACAAACACAUACUUCAACUGGCAGAAGACAAAAAAGUACCCACCGGAAAAAUAUAUGUUGAUUGAUGAUCUGCAUUUGAAAUCUAACUACACUUUUAUGAUUGCUGCUUAUACCUCAAAGGGUGUUGGCUUCAACUCUAGCUUGCUCUAUACGCAAACUGGAGAUUUCAAACAUGGCAACUGGAGUGAGUGGUCACAGUGGAGUUUCUGCAGUGAAAGCUGUGGAGGAGGAAUUAGAAAGAGAUCUCGUAAAUGUGACAACCCAGCACCUUUCAGUGGCGGAGAUGAUUGCAAGGGCAACUCGACGGUUACGGAGAUUUGUGGCACAAUACAGUGCAGUGGGCCUAUAAUGGGUAGUCUCGGCGAAAAUUGUUCUCGAGUGUGUCAAAACCGCGGCAUUUACUGUUACCCAGAAUUUCAGUUAUUGAAUUCAACAAAGACAUACGAAAAGCUUGGUUAUAACUGCCUAGACUCCACAACAAAUCCAAGCUAUAGCAAGAAGUAUCAUCCUAGCUAUGUACACAGUUCGAAAAAAUGCGAAGGCUUCAAGAAUGUACCUAAACAAAUAAGCUGCGACUCAGUGCCUCCGACUGAUGGAGAGACUGUCCGCUUAUGUAACUGUCUGUCUCCUGUUGAUUGUGGAUGUGGAGAUUGGAGUCAAUGGAGCAUGUGUUCAAAGGAAUAUUGCGGAGGAGGAACAAGGAAGAGAACUCGAAGCUGUACUCCUGUUCCUAUUUGCGCGGAUGGUUUUACUGAACAGAUAUUUGAAUGUAACGAGAAGCCAUGUCCAGUUAAUGGUAAUUGGGGAGCAUGGUCCGAAAUUACUCCUUGCAACAAGACUUGUGGCUAUGGAUAUCGACAUCGCUAUCGAAAAUGUGACAGCCCCGCUGAUGCUCAUGGGGGAAAAUACUGCUACGGUUCUCCUGUCGAUAUCAUACCAGAAUGCAAUGUUCAUAAAUGCCCAGUUCAUGGCGGUUGGACAUCGUGGAAUGAUUGGCAGCCUUGCGAUCGGCCCUGUGGAGGAGGGAAGUUACUGCGCAAACGAUACUGUGAAAAUCCAUCACCAAAAUAUGAGGGCAAGGAAUGCGAAGGGCCUAAUUCUGAGUGGCAGCCUUGUAAUCUACAUCAAUGCGACGAUGUUUCUGUUCUUUUCACUGUUAAAUUGGUUGACUUUGAGUGGGAUUUCAAAUUAGUAUACGGAUCACAUCCAAAAACAAUUGAACUUUCUAAGCAAGUCACUGACAACGUUAAAGCCGUUUACAAUCAUUCUUCGACUGUUAGUCAUAUAAGAAUUGAAAAUUUCUUGCGAGGCAGCGUUAUUGCGAACUUUACAGUAUAUUAUGUUAAAGUGAGUCAGGGAGAAGUUCUGCUACUUCAAGAUUUCAUUGACACGACGGGAAAAAUGUACAAUUUGUCAACCAUUGUUCAAGAGGUCAAGCCUACGAAAGUUGUUGUAAGUCCACCAAGAAAUGUCUCAGCUGCAUCCUACUCUCCAAGGACAAUGCUCAUUAAAUGGCUACCACCAAAGAAUUACCAUUUAUUGAAUGACACAUAUGGCUAUUAUAUUUUCUACCGUGAAUUCGAGAGCACCGUUGGAAAAUGGGAUGUCUCGGGUGUACCUGGACUGAAUAGCACUUCAUUUUUGUUGAAAGACUUGAAGCCAGCUACAAAGUAUAGGUUCAGAAUGACUCUAGCAGUUACUACAGGCAACGGACCAGCAUCAGACGAAUCAGUUAAUAGUACUAUAGAAGGAGUCCCCAAAGUCUCACCGAAAAACUUCACAGGCCGUGCAAUAUUACCGUCUCAAGUGUAUCUGAAUUGGGUUGGCAUAAGUGACGAAGAAUUCAAUGGAAGACCUCUUGGAUAUGCCAUUAGAUACAAAAAAUACUUCGACACUGCUUAUAUUGAGAAAACCGUCCCAAAAGCCAACUUUGAGGUAACAUUAGAGAAUCUCAGACCAUUCACCCUCUACGACUUUGAUCUUUUGGCGUUCUCAGGAGCAGGCUAUGGACCUCCAUUAUCACUCAUUUUAAAGACACCAGAGGGCGUGCCUUCUAUCGCCCCUCCUAUGUUCGCGGUGCAACGUGAUCAAAAGACAACUACAUCAGUAGUGGCUACGUGGAAGGAGAUUCCUGAUGACCUCAUCAAUGGUAUUUUGCUAGGCUACAAGCUGAGGUAUACUGUCAGUCGCAUUUCGGAUGAGUUGUAUAUUGGAGCGCCUAUUACCAAAGAGAUCGAACUUGACAAGUUUACAUUUCGGUACCAAAUUACCGGCCUACAGAGUUAUACAACCUACGAUAUCAGCGUCGCUGGCUACACAGAUGCUGGCAAUGGGCCUUUCAGUAUACCAAUACCUGAAACCACUUGUAAAUGCCCAAGCCGCGUCUUUCUGAACUGGCAUUCAAAUCCACCGUAUGUAAGAAGAGAACCUCGUUUAAAAGUUUCCGGUAUCAUGGCCGAGAUUAUUCAGGAUAUGAUCCAGACUUCAUGUGGUACCUGUAGUGGCGCUGCGCCAUUCAUUAGCUGGUAUCAAAGCCUAUCAGGAGAAAACCCAGUGAAAACUAAUGAGCUCGGUGUUCGGCAAUCUAUUGGUCAAGAGUACCAUAUGUCGUUUCCAAUAUUUGGAUCUGGCAGUAAUAGCAAGUACAUGGAAGACAAUGCUUUUAUGUUGCUUAUCAAGUCGUCUGGAAGUGCUACUGUCGUAAAAAAGAAAGUAGAUUAUUCUGCAAAGACGAAGAAUGUUCUCAAGUCCAUAACCAAUUUAUGGCCCAUGUAUCUGCUGGUUGUCUGCCUGACUUUUGUAACAGGAGUGAUUGUUUGGGUAAUGGAACGGAAAGAAAACGAAGAAUUCUCCAAAGGAAGAUACGUUCAUGGCGUCUUGCAAGGAUUUUGGUGGGCUUUCAUUUCAAUGACAACUGUCGGUUAUGGUGACAUAACCCCAAGAACAUUUAAAGGGAGAUUGGUUGCGAUCGUCUGGACAUUGGCAGGUCUUGUCCUCACUGGCAUUCUUACCGGUGCACUUACCUCUUCCGUCACGUCAAUGACAAUGCCCCCUGCUGUAACACUUUAUGACUCCCAGAGCGCCGCUGUAAAUAAUUCGUUUGAAUACUUCCUUGGGGUGAGAAGAAACAGCAAAGUUAAUACGAAGAAAAACUAUCUGUCAAAUGACGAAGUGCUCGAUGCUGUAAAAAACGAAGAAGUUCAAAUUGCGUUGCUUGAUGCGUUCACUGUCGCAGCCUUGGCGGAGGAGCUGGUCUCAAAAAGCCUCAAGGUGACAAAGCUCAUCGAUGCAAACACUGGAUAUGGAAUUGUUCUAUCACAUGAAUUUGUGCGUAUGGAGAGCGAUUUUAGAAGCUACAUCUCAUCACAGAGCAACAAGAUUUCCGCGUUCCGUACAAAUAUGACAGAAAAGUUACAUUCAGCGCAAUCUAAAGUUGAAGCAGUACCUCUUCUGUUUGACCCAUCAACAAAGAUGUUCUGGGAUAUGGUCUCUUUAGAAGGCAUCUUACUGCUUGUCUGUUCCAUCCUUGGAAUAUUUUACUCAAGCUACAGGGCAAAGCGCAAAAACAAGAAAAUCAUUCCUACACACGAGAUUCUUCUCCUGGAGAUGGCAACUAUCGAUCACAACAUCGCAGAAUUUGAGAAAACAGUGAACGAAAAGUUAGAAUCAUUAAAUAGUAAGCACUUUUCGCAAUAUUUAGAACUCGAACGAAUGAAGGCAAACUACAAACGACUCCUGAAGCGAAAAUACCCUGUGCACGUUGACUCGCAGGCCAACCGGAAGGUGUCAAGGCAUAAACUAUCAAACUAUGGUAUCGGUGAGACAGAAAUAUGAGGAGAUUUCUUGUACGCUUUGUUACUUGUAUUUUUAAGGAGUUUUUCAAAAUUGAAACAAACGACAACUUCAUAAUUGAAAGGCCCACAGUUUUUUGUAUAGAAUGAAUAUUGACAUUGAUAAUGUUUUCUGGAGUUAUUUUCUUUUCAUUAAUACCCUCUUGCCUUUCGCAAAAGGUGUCUAGGAACGCAGGUUGAAUUUCCCUUAAAAAAAUAUAGCUAUUUACUUGCUGUACCCCUGUGCUAGUGAAGAAGAUCAUAAAUUGCUAGCUCGAGCUAUAUCUAAUUUUUAAAGGCCAUCUGUCACGACGUUGAUUGGUUAUAAGAACAGAGGGAUUUUUAUUGUUUCCAGUCCCCUUGAAUUUAUCGCAUUGUAAAAAAUAUGGCGGAUAGCUGGAAUCGUGUUUAGGCUAUUGCUCCAUCUAUUGUUCUCGUUAACCAAUCCACAACGAGACAGAUUGCCUUUAAGCCAGUAAUAAUUUUUUGUUUUGAUGUGCACAAUUUGAUUUAUUUUGUUUAAUAUAUCCGUAUGGAGGUUAAUCCGCUGGUUACCUAAUGCUGGCUGUCAAAGAGCUCUGUAUCUUAAUUUUGUAAAAAAUGACAAAAAAAUCUAGUAGAAGACUUAUUGCAAAAGUAAGCUACAGAAAAUUUUUAAAAUACUUGAAAAAAGUUCACAAUUGUUAAUAAAAUUUCAGUAAAUAUUUUAUAUUGUACGAAAGAUACAAAUUUGCGGACUAGAAGUAAUUUGAGUACGACUUUGUAAACCGUUAAAUUAUUCGAAGUAGGUACAUUCAAAGUCGAUACCGUUUUAAUCGAUGAUUUAAUACCUUAAGCAACUUUAAGUUACUAUUUCUAACCUACGUACUAGUGCGAUUUUAGGGGACGUUAAUAUCAGAUUCCAUUUUGUACAAGGAGAAUGUAGACUGUCUACAUUCCAGUACCGGAUAGGGGGCACCGGGUGGUCAGGUUUUGAUAGGAUGAAAAAGACAGGCCAAAGUGCCAUUUACAUAAAGUUCAAAUGACACCAGUUUCUCAAUCAUCAAGAAAAUGUAUAUAAAUUUAUAUUGAAAUGCUCAAUUAAUUUUAUCUCAUUUGAUUGUCAUGCUACUCUUAAAUCAUACAUUCUUUUUAUUGGUCAGAAAUUAGUCUUUUAUCAAGAUGCAUACCCUAGAAGUAAAAAUAUAAGUUACGAGAGUAUAGGAAGAAGUAUUUUUUAUGUUCCUUGUUCCACCCCUCCCCCCUGCCCCGUUGUAGUUCCACCGUCCCUAACACACGCCUUUUAUUGUGUUUACUCAUUGAUUGUUUAUAGAUGUUAGUAGAAAUAUGAUUAGUUGACAGAAGUAUAUUUAAUUUCAUUUAAAAAGGAAAGCGGAAAAAAUGAGAUUAGGCAUAAAUCAAAUUCGAUUCCUUUUACCCUAUCUUCAUCUCAUGGCUUCAUCAAUGUAGCAAAAAUUUCAUACAUAAAUCGAGAUUUUAGGACACAUUUAAGAAGCAGCAGGAAAAGACUUUUGUUUAAAAGUCGGCGCAUAAAUCUUAUAGCUACAAAGAAGCUAAUUUUUGCCAAAUUUCUUAAAUAUAAAAAUAUUUACAAUGUAAGAAAAGAAUAUCAAGGGGUCGUGAAAGAUGGUAAGUCAAAUAAAACCUAAUCUAUAAAUAAACCUUUUUUAAAGCUGCCAAUGAUUUGGACUUUUGAAGAGCCAACUCUUUAUGCCUUCAACCUCUGCCUAAACAAAUUCUCAAGGAUGCCCCUAACACUUCAAAGUAAGGAACACAAAGCUACAGAUUAUGGUACCACGUCAUUAGAAUUAUACUGCACUUAAGCUAAAAGAGGGCCAUUUUCCCCCUGGCCUCUUUUCGUGGCUCUUGUCCCUUCUCUGUCUCAACAACGCUAUUCCGAAAUGGAAAUUUUUGUUUCAAUAAACAAAGAUUUAAAGUAUACAGACAUUAGAUUAUAUCUCCAUGAGAUUUGUUCACAUUUUAAAAUGCCAAUUCAGCCAAAAAAAAACUAUUCUGCGAGCACGGUGUGUGGUGGAACAUACUGCAUUAUACUGUAGCCCUUUUUCCACUCUUGCGUAAUAAUUAAAGGUGUACAACAUUAAAAAUCUAGAUAGAGAAUAACGUUAGAAACGUUUAGUGGUUUAUAUCUGGCCAUUCAGGUUUCAGGAAAGCCUCAAAUUUUUGUCAAACUCACAAAGCUUUUCAGACUAAAUUGAAAAAAGUUUUUAUUUGCUUUCUGAUUUUUCACAAAUUCUUUUCAAGAAUUACUUGAAUAUGUUAAAAUAUCCACAUUUGACAAAUACAAGACAAUUCAGACAGGAUCAGACAAAGAUGUGCAUUUCCCAUUGACUCCUUUGAUUAUUCCCCUACAUAAAUGGUCGAUUUAUUUCAAAUUCAGUUGGUUCUCUUUAUGUUUUUUAAAAAUAGCUUUUCUAGUCCUUAUAUAUAAGUGUGUUAUCAGUUCUCAAAUAGUU